CCCCUAUCUAUCGCAACGCGCACGCGUCAGUCAACUUCAAGUUCUUAAUUCGCACCUUCCGUUUGCCUUAGUUCGUCUGGAUCAUAUCUCGAGCUUUUCUGCUGAAACGCUACCGUCUCAUGGCCAUGCUAUGGGCUCAUCUGAUCCGACUUGUCUUCGUAGUUGUAGGGCCUUCUGUGCAACGCGACCUUACGCGACCUAGCAGGGACGUGCCAGUUUCCCGAGACUCGCGGUGACCUCCUGUGCGGCCUUCUUACGUGAUAUGAAAACUGGGCAACGGUUCGCAGACGUCAUUUGAAGCGGAGCCGGCAAGCACUGACAGGCACUAACCACCCCGACUCGGUGUCGCUCGGUGUCGAUCGAGGGGUGGCCGCUACAGUCAGACACCAUGAUUGGUGACACCAACCGUGCCACUGAACCGAAUCCACCAUGCGCACCCCUGUUCGAUCCCACCAAAGGCAUAAAGCUUGCGUCUUCUAGACCCUGUUUUUUCUGUGUUUUGAGCUCACCUCCCUCAAUCUCAAGUUAUCCGACUCCUUCAGCUCCGAUUGUAUAGCCAACCAUCUUCUCUUUGCCGCCUGUUGUACUUGUACUCCCAGCUCCCGCUCCGAACCAAGCGUACUUGGAUGUCUCAGCUCUCGACGGCGGACGCCUCGCUUGCCCCGCUUGGAUGAUCCUCAGUGGCGUCCCCAAGACCUCGAGCGAGCGUCUCGAGGUGCCGUCCCUCGGUUUCCUCCUGUGCCAUUCUGUAAGUGGGAAGAAUAUCAUGUACGACCUCGGCAUGCCCAGACUCGAGGACCUUUCGACACCGCCGGGGUUCGAGACCUUCGCCCACAUAUAUCUCGGAGAUGAGGGCAAAGUAAGCCCGCUUCGGCUGUUCACCUUCGAAAGUGAUGGGUGUAUCCAUGAUUCGCUCAAGAAGGGAGGGGCGCAGCCAGAGGAGGUGGACGUGAUCGUCAUCAGUCACCUGCACUGGGAUCACGUUGGAGACGCCCGCCCGUUCACCGAGGCUGAAUUCAUUCUUGGUUCGGGAUCCAGGGGUAUCAUGACUGGAGAGGACCCACAGGCACAGAGUCCCGUUGUUGUUCCUGUCUCUGCGCCUGUUCAUCUCGGGGGCCAUAUCGCGCUCCUAGCUUGCACGUCCCCUGACGGAUCCUGGAUCCUUCUCGUAGGCGACGCGGUGCACCGCAUGAGCAUCCUGCACGCCGAGCGCGACUUCGCGUGCCACGACGAUGGCCACGGGGGCGUAUUCUGCAUGCACAGAGACCCUGAAAUGGCUCGUGACACUAUCAGGAAGCUCAAGGCAUUCAUCACAAAAAGUGCACUACGUGGGUGA